AUGAUGAAGGGGAAAGCGGGGAAAGUGAUACGGCAGUUGACCCGGUCGAAUACAAAUGUCGCUGCCUCCGUCGCUUCAAAGUCCGAGUCCUUCGCUAAUGGAACUAGCGCUGGAUACAUCGAAGAAAUGUACUUGACCUGGAUGGAAGACCCCAACUCAGUUCACCCAAGCUGGAACGCUUACUUCAAACAGGUUCAAAAGGGUGCUCCUCUCGGCGCUGCCUAUCAGGCGCCCCCUUCCAUCACCACCGGAGCUGUUUACAAAAUCGAAGGAUCCGUCGGAGGCGCCGCCGAAUCCUCUGGCGACAUCAGCAAAAAUGUGGAACAGUACAUCGCCCUUGAAAACCUCAUCCGAGCCUACCAAGUCAGAGGUCACUUCAAGGCCAACCUCGACCCUCUCGGAAUCAGCGAGGGUCCAAAGUCUUUUGCCAUCACUGAAGCCGAAGAUGCUGCUCGACUUACCGUCCCUGACAUCUUGGCCGGAGCUGACGAUAAAGUUUUCAACCUUCCAGAAAAGUGUCACGUUGGACGAGAAGGCGAAACUUCCCUCCCUCUCAGCGAAAUUAAAAACCGCUUGGAAGCUGCUUACUGCGGGUCCAUCGGUGUCGAAUUCAUGCACAUCACCAGCCAGGACCAGAAAGAAUGGAUCCGACGAAAGUUCGAAAACCCCGAAGCACGAAGAAUCACUCCAGAAGAACAGAAGCUCACUCUUGAGCGACUCGUCCGAUCGACGAAAUUCGAAGAGUUUUUGGCAAAGAAGUGGGUUUCUGAAAAGCGAUUCGGUCUUGAAGGUCUCGAAAUGAUCAUUCCUUGCAUGAAGACUUUGAUCGACACUCUUACUCAACUCGGCGGACGAUCGUACGUCAUGGGAAUGCCCCAUCGAGGCCGUCUCAAUGUUCUGGCUAACAUUAUCCGAAAAGAUCUCGACCAGAUCUUCUGCCAAUUCGACCCCAAGCUCGAACCCACCGACGUCGGCCAGUCUGGCGACGUCAAAUAUCAUCUCGGAGCAUCAGUCGAACAAGAAAUAAACUCUGAAGAGGGUAUGUCCCACGAAACUAUCAACCACGCUUCCAAGGAACUCAUCAACGUCUCGCUCUGUGCCAACCCAUCACAUCUUGAAGCAGUCGAUCCCAUUGUUGUUGGCAAGUGCAAGGCCGAACAGUUCUACAGAAAUGAUGACGAGGGUAAAACUGUCAUUCCAAUGCUUCUCCACGGUGACGCUGCUUUCGCUGGACAGGGUGUCGUCUACGAGACUCUUCACUUGAGCCAUCUUCCUUUCUAUUCCGUCGGUGGUGCCAUCCAUCUCGUGUGCAACAACCAGAUCGGUUUCACCACUGAUCCUCGACACUCCCGAGCCUCUCCUUACUGUACCGACGUUGGCCGAGUCGUCAAUGCCCCUAUCUUCCACGUCAACGCUGACGAUCCCGAUGCCGUUGUCUACGUCUCCAAGGUCGCCGCUGAAUUCCGACAGACCUUCAAUACCGACGUUGUCAUUGAUUUGAUCGGUUACCGACGACACGGUCACAACGAAAUCGACGAGCCCAUGUUCACCCAGCCACGAAUGUACCAGGCCAUCAAGAAGCACAAGAACGUCCUCGACAAGUACGGCGACUCCCUCAAGGAACAAGGCGUCGUCGACGAUGGAGACAUUCAGGAGCUCAUCGCUCAGUAUGAGAAGAUCUGCGAAGAUGCUCUCGCCAAAGCCAAGACGGAAACUAAACUCGAGUUCCGACACUGGCUCGACUCCCCAUGGAAGGGAUUCUUCAAGGACGACCAGGGAACCUGGGUUGCCGAGAAGCUUCCCGAUACUGGUGUUCCAAUGGAGACUCUUCAGCGCAUUUCCGACGCCAUCUCUGUCCCACCAGCAGAUAUCACCCUUCACGGCGGUCUCAAGCGAGUCUUGAAGGGACGAGCCGGCCUUGCCAGCACUAAGACUGCUGACUGGGCAAUGGGCGAGUCUUUCGGUUACGGCUCUCUUCUUAUGGAUGGAAACCAUGUCCGACUCUCUGGCCAAGAUGUUGAGCGAGGAACCUUCUCUCAUAGACAUCACGUUCUUCAUUGCCAGAAGAAAGAUAAGGGAAUCUACCUUCCGAUGUCCAACCUCUCCGAGGACCAGGGCAAAUAUACCGUCUGCAACUCUGCACUCUCUGAGUACGGUGUUCUUGGAUUCGAGCUCGGCUACUCAAUGGUCAACCCUAACUCUCACGUUAUCUGGGAGGCCCAGUUCGGUGAUUUCGCCAACACUGCUCAGUGCAUCAUCGAUCAGUUCCUUUCAUCUGGACAGACCAAGUGGGUCCGACAGUGUGGUCUUACCAUGCAGCUUCCUCACGGUUACGAAGGUAUGGGACCCGAGCACUCCUCUUGCCGAAUCGAACGAUUCUUGCAAAUGCAGAACGACGAUCCCGAUCUUUUCCCCAGCGACUGGAAGGAAGCUGACUUCGGCAUCAAGCAGCUUUACGACGCCAACUGGAUUAUUUGCAACCCAACUACUCCAGCCAACGUCAUGCACGUCCAUCGACGACAGAUCGCUCUUCCAUUCCGAAAGCCGCUCAUUCUCAUGACUCCCAAAUCUCUUCUUCGACUUCCAGAAGCUCGAUCUGAAUGGUCAGAAAUGGGCCCUGGCACACAGUACAGACGACUCAUCGGUGAAGAAGGUGCUGCCUCCAAGAACCCAGAUAACGUCAAGCGACUGAUGUUCUGCUCUGGAAAGGUCUACUACGAUCUCGUCAAGGAGCGAGCUGCCCGAGGCUUCGAAAACGACAUCGCUAUUGCUCGAGUUGAACAGGUCGCUCCAUUCCCAUACGAUCUCGUCAUUCCCGAGCUCGAGAAAUACAAGAACGCUGAAGUCUACUGGGUCCAGGAAGAGCACAAGAACAUGGGUUUCUACGACUUCUGCAAGCCUAGACUGCGAACUGCAUCCAACUGGUCCCGCCGAGUCCACUACGCUGGCCGAGACUCCGCCGCCUCCGCCGCUGCUGGUUCCAAACAAGUUCACAAGAUCGAGCAGGACAAGUUCAUGAACGACGCUUUCCGAAAGGGUGCCAAGGGUCGAUUGUACAAAUAA